CCCGAUCUGUUUGAGUCUACAGGGUUAACAGACGAGACUUUUCUUGGGUUUGAGGACAGCCGUGCAGACGUAUCCAGCCAGACCCUUGAAAAGUCUUCAGAUACGAGGACAAGUGAAGCUCCUGGAGCAGCGGCACCACAGGAUGGAGAAGUGGUGCCACGGACCAGCAGCGGUCUAGCUUCGGGAAUUGGUUCCUACUUCAGGCCGGAUCUCCUCCUACAGGAGUCGUCAGAGGAUGACGAGGUGGAAGUGCAGCAGGCUGCAGUUGCUACAUCCCUGUCUGCCCAAAUGCAAGUGGUGGCAGACGUCCAGGAAGGGCAGAAUCCCUCAACUGUUCAGAGGGUUCACACCCUGGCAUCGGAGAUUACUUCCCGCCAGGAUACGUACACAAAUGUCGUUGGAAGCAGACUGGACAACAUUGAGAGGACAAUGGAGAAGAUGUCAAACAGUCUGCUUGAAAUGCAGAAGGCUCUUGCCGACAGCACGGCCACAAUGCUACAGGUCAGAAUGCAAGAUCAUAGGGAGAAUAUGGACGUCCUUCACAUUCUGGCCGAAUCCAUGGGCCGGCUCGUGGAGAACACAACAUGUCUGGCACACAGCAAUACCAACAUGUCGGAGAGCCAUCGACAAUCCUCAUCCAGCCAACAGCUCAUCGCAACCACACUGCAGAUGAUCUAUGACAAGCUCCCAGAACCAGCUCAUCAACACGCUGGUGAUCCACCAUUUCCGCCGUCACAAGCCACAAGGACGCCUCGUACCCUUCCUCAACUACCAUCCCAGUACAGACAGUCACAGAUGUACCAGGGAUAUACAGGGAUGUACCCCACCCACCAGAUGCCUCCACCACCGGCCGCCACAUCUACAGCUGCAUGGGCACAGAGGCCCAGUCAACGCACUACCCAGCCUCCCAGGACAUCGACACCCCACCCUCAGGAGGAACACCAGGAUCCGGACAGACUUCCACCAUAAGCCCGGUCGUAUUUUUUUAUUUACUUCUAUGUUUUUCAUGUAUCCCUUUCUUCCCCUCCCAUUAGUUUGUUAUUUUUCUUACUAUUGUUUUUUCUUUGUUGGGCUUCCCCACCCGUGACCGGGUACUACCAAGGAGCUUUGUGUAGGCAUACAUGCGCGGGCAUGUAUGCGGGCGCGUGUGGUAACGGAUGAAAGCUCCUUGUGGCUACAUGUAUGAUGGGCCAAAGAGCAAUUCUGAUACCACUCUUUUACCAAAAAAAUCCUUUUUGUAAUGGUGUACAAUAGGCUUUCACUGUUGUGUGAAUUUACUAUUCACUAGUGUGUGUUUUUGGCUUAUUCAUAGGAUUGGGUGGAAAAUUGAAGUGGACGGCAUAAGUUCGUGUUGUGCGUACCAAGGUG